AUGCGUCGUCCCUUAAUUCGUCAUCUCUCGGAAGGUGGUGGCGGUGCGGGUGACAACACCGGCUCCAGGAGGCAGCAAUCCGUGAAGGAGGACGACCGUGCCAGUUACACUUGGAAUUGUCGCGAAUAUGGGCAUCAUCUGUCUUCCUGCGACCUUCUCAAGGUUCCGACAGCCCUCGGCUGCCGCGGCCACACAACGUCCCCGGAGCCACGAAUCGCGAUCCACAGUUAUGUCUCGCGUUGGCGGAGGAGGCUAGCUCCGAAAUUGUCCAGGUCAGUGCAUCCUUCGAGGGCUCACUCCGGGCAACCGCGCUCGCGCACUGAAAUCAGCUGCGGUGUUACGGUUAAGAAAGAUACUUUCUUUCUUUCAGAUUUGA